AUGACAAAAAAGGGCCGUUCUAUUCAGUGUCCUGGCGGUCCCAAUGGUAAAAGACGAAGAAUCAAACUUAUACCGGGCUCAGCUCAACUUCUAGCCGAGAUCGAAGCUGCCGAUGCUAGUUCAUCCAAAGACCGGGCUGAUAAGCUCGCUCAAGCUCUUUCUAACAUUCAAUUUGGACCAACGCAAGGCAAUCUACGUGUACCUCUUCCAGUUGACGCAGCUGGUGACACGUCCAACCGUCAAGGAAACAAAAUAUUUCAUUGUAAUGAUGAAAAUGACGGCGAUUUGGACGAUAAUUAUAUUGAUAACUUUGUUCCUCAUCCCGGGAUUCCCGAAGACCUUCCACCUGUCAACCCUUCGGUUGUAUUACAAGAGAAAACAAUUGAAGGAGUCAUCAAAUUGGUUAAAGGUCUUACCGGAGAUGUUCAUUGCUUACAUGGAUUGUUCCCAGCCUACCUCGCAGUGGGGUGA